AGCGAGAGGAUCCUCCGCAGGACCGACUCGGUCAUUCUCGUCAUUCUCGUCUGGGUGUACUUUCUGCAGAUUCUCGACAAGUCUGUCCUCGGAUAUGGCUCGAUCUUCGGUCUGCAGAAGGACACUGGUCUCAAAGGCAACCAAUACUCCCUCGUCGGCUCCAUCGCUCCAAUUGCGCAGCUCGCGUGGCAGCCCUUCUCCUCCAUUCUCAUCGUCAAAGUCCCCCACCGAGUAUUGAUGCCGGCGAUGGUUCUGGGAUGGGGCAUUGCACAGACCUCCAUGGCCGCAUGCCACAGUUACCACGGUCUGCUCGCGACCCGCUUCUUUCUCGGCCUGUUCGAGGGAGGUUGUCUGCCGCUCUUCAGUAUCAUUACGAACCAAUGGUAUCGUCGAGCUGAGCAACCGAUUCGAGUGGCGGCAUGGUAUGGCACAAAUGGGCUGGCUACGAUCUUUGCUUCAGCCGUGUCUUAUGGGCUGGGACAUAUCAAGUCCGAGGCACUUCACUCUUGGCAAAUCAUCUUCCUUUUCGUCGGCCUCGUCACCAUCAUCACGGCUCCCUUCGUCUACUGGAAACUCGACAACGGCGUGACAUCCGCCCGAUUCCUCACCGAGACAGAGCGCUCCCAAGCCGUCGAACGUCUGCGAGCCAACCAAACUGGUAUCGGAUCCAGCAAAUUCGAGUGGGACCAAGCUAUUGAAGUUUUCCUCGAGCCGAAAACAUAUCUCUGGGUUGUGAUGUCUCUUCUCCUGAACGUGGGAGCCUCUGUCACGAAUACGUUCGGUCCUCUGAUCUUGAACACCCUCAUCAAGGACAAGUACAAGGCAUCUCUGCUCAACAUGCCAUUCGGAGCCGUACAAUUCAUCAUCAUCAUCAUCGCCUCCUAUGCUGCACAGAAAGCUAAGCUCAAGUCUGCGGUUUUGGUCGUCCUCGUCAUUCCGGUUGUUGCAGGUCUAGCGAUGCUAUAUGCCUUGCCCAGAAGCCAAGUUGCUGCCUGUCUUGGAGGCUACUACCUCCUUGCCUUCUUGUUCGGCAGUAAUCCACUCAUCGUGUCCUGGAUUGUUGGGAACACAGCUGGUACAACGAAGAAAUCGAUCAUCAUGUCGCUUUACAACGCCGGUUCCUCGGCAGGCAACAUCAUCGGCCCUCUUCUGUUCAACGCCGCAGAUGCACCAAAUUACCACCCAGGUCUUCGCUCUGUGUUGGGGAUCUUCAUCGCGCUUGCUGCCGUGAUCUUGAUCCAGCUUGCCAACCUGAUGUUCCUGAACAAGCUGCAAUCCAAGAAGAGAGUUGCCAAUGGAAAGGCCGCUGUGAUUCAUGAUGUUUCCAUGGAGGAUCAUUACGUUGAUAUCGACACCGAGGGAGUUGGUGAACAUGCAUUUGAUCUGACUGAUCGGAAGAACGACGAAUUUGUGUAUAUUUAUUGA